AUGGCAGUGCCGCUCGAUAGCCGUAGCGACUCGGACGACGGCUUCCAGGACUUUCUGAGCGACAACAGUGGCGAUCAAGAGGCGCUGUUGACGCAGGAAAGCGCAGCACUUGAGCGUCGCAUGAAGACCAUGGGUAUUCAAGACGGUCUCGAGCUCGGUAAGGAGAUCACGUUGCAAGAAGGGUUUGACGCUGGUUAUGCGCAAGGAGCAGCACGUGGUUUUCGUGUUGGAACACUGCGAGGCGCUUUGGAAACAGCCGUUCGGUGUGGGCUGAUGGACGACGAGGCAAUGCUGACGGAAGCACGUGCUUGUAUAUCUCAGUUAAAGACACUGGAGAGGGAUUCCAAGCUGCACGACGGAACACCUGAAGACAGCGCUGAACUUGUAGUACUGACGCAAGCUGAAGAUCUGCUUACGAGCAUCGGAGUGGACGCUACAACUUUGUGA